UGACAGGUGUGUUGAAGAGACGCGCCAUUAUAAUCGAGCUCUUUUUAUCCUCAUAUUAUUCUACUACUGGCUUUAUUUCACUCGUUGAGCUGUAGGACAGAAAGGAUUUCUGUGCAUCCAUGGAGGGAUUAUGGGAUGCCGGCUCCAUCUGCAUCAUCUCGGAUCUCGUCUCCUGCCCGAACCAGACCAACAGCACCAACUCCAGCACAACCGAGGGCUUCAUCUUGUCUCCUUAUUACCAGCACUCCCUGCCGACAGCCACGCUGUUCACGCUGGCGUAUCUCUUCAUCUUCCUGCUGUGCCUGAUGGGAAACGGUCUGGUUUGCGCGAUAGUCUUGAGGAACCGGCGCAUGAGAACCGUGACUAACAUCUUCAUCCUGAAUCUGGCCGUCAGCGACCUACUGAUCGGGAUCUUCUGCAUUCCCACCACGUUAGUGGACAACCUCAUCACAGGUUGGCCUUUCAGCAACACGGUCUGCAAGCUGAGUGGCCUGGUGCAGGGAACGUCCGUCUGUGCCUCAGUCUUCACUCUGGUUGCUAUCGCUGUGGACAGGUUUCGCUGCAUCGUUUACCCGUUCAAGCCCAAACUCACACUCUUUGUCGCGAAGGUGUCGAUUGGGACGAUCUGGGUGCUCGCGCUCACCAUUAUGUUUCCCUCAGCGUUAAUGUUGACUGUCGAGGAAGAAAGAAACCAUUUCCUGGUUUACAGUGACAACCACAACCGCACGUACCCGCUGUACUCCUGCUACGAGACCUGGCCCGACCCCGAGAUGAGGAAGGUGUACACGACGGUCCUGUUCGUGCACAUAUACGUGAUUCCCCUCGCGCUAAUCAUGCUAAUGUACGGCCGUAUCGGGGGGAAACUGUACGGCACAACCGUCCUUUCCAGCGCCGAGCCUGAAAUUCCUUCGCAGGCGAAAUGUCCCGCGUCUCAACGCAAGAUUCGAGUGAUAAAGAUGCUAAUAGUGGUUGCCCUGCUGUUCAUGCUAUCAUGGCUUCCGCUGUGGACGCUAAUGCUACUGACUGAUUACGCUCAUCCAGACGAGCUCAAUCUGGAGCUUCUAACAAGCUAUGUUUUCCCUAUCUCUCAUUGGCUAGCAUUCUCCAAUUCCAGCGUCAAUCCCAUUAUCUACGGCUACUUCAACGAGAACUUUAAGAGAGGCUUUCAAGCCGCGUGUCAGAAGCACGCUUGUUUCGGUAGCCGAAGGAAACGGCGAUUUAGCGUUAAACAGCCCAGGGUUGGAAGUCAGGGUUGUAGCCCGUUGAACACGGGAGUUAGCGGAAAACCACUCGGUUUGGGAACGCGGACAAACCAGAUCUUCGCCGAGAGCGAUCUCACCGGAUGCGUUCGCCUGGAGCUCGAGCAUCGGAGCGCUUCAGGAGACGACAAAGCCGAAGGUGGAAGUGGCGCCGUGUCUGUUAAAAGAAAAAGUCACUUCCAAGAUAUUGAGAAAGCAGGAAGUAAAAUAUAUAAUGCCUGGGAGCUUUGAAAACAAAUACAAAAUACAAACGUAAGAGUGUCGGACCCAAACUGUGCAACGAUCUCCCUCUUUCUGUAGGGUCAGUGAAGUCAUACCGUAAUUUAAGGCCAUGUUAAAGGGGUCAUAUAAUGCACUUUUACAAGUUGACUGUACUGAAAUGUGUGUUGGCAGUACAUGUACACACUCAUAUGAUACAAAUCCAUCCAGUGUUUUUGUUUUAGGCGCAAAUCAAGCACCGCAUCAUUUAUUGAAAUUCAAAUGAGAUGUAAUUUUUUAAGCGCAUCAAUAUUUGAAACAAUUGUUCUUAAAUAAAAUAUUUAAAUUCAAUUUGCUUAAUGUGCAAGUUUAAAAAAAAAAAAAAAUUCAACGAAUAUUCAAAAUUCAAAGUUGUAUUUGACCACCCUAUUGUGGACGGAGAGCGUUUUAUAAUGGAAACGCUUCUUUUAAAUUUAUCCAGAUUGAUUUAGAGAGCCUCCUUUUUGAAUGAAAUGGAGGAAAUAUUGUGUAGAUUAAGUGUGAUUUUGUGUAAAUAUUUUCAUUAAAAUGUGUGCAUCAACCGUCAGACUAGAUGUCAGUAUUUGCAUCAGACAUUGGUAAAUAUCAGGUGUUUGUCUGUGGGAAAAACAUUAUUAAUAGUACUGUUCAAAAGUCGCUCCUGCUCAAGAUUUUAUUUAUUUGAUCAGAAAUACAGUGAA